AUGUAUAAGAAUAAAAGGAAGCCCAAUAUCAACCCCCGCACCAAGCAAGGCCCGCGCGCUACUGCAUCCCCGCGUCCCGCCACCAUCGCCAUCAUACCCAAGAGAAAGGCUGAAGGGGAUGCUAAAGGAGAUAAAGCCAAGGUGAAGGACGAACCACAGAGAAGAUCUGCCAGGUUAUCAGCUAAACCUGCUCCUCCAAAGCCAGAGCCCAAGACUAAAAAGGCCCCUGCAAAGAAGGGAGAGAAGAUACCAAAAGGGAAAAAGGGGAAAGCUGAUGCUGGCAAAGAUGGGAAUAAUCCUGCAGAAAAUGGAGAUGCCAAAACAGACCAGGCACAGAAAGCUGAAGGUGCUGGAGAUGCCCAGUGAAGGGUGUGCAUUUUUGAUAACUGUGUAUUUCUAGUGACUGUACAGUUUGAAAUACUAUUUUUUUUAUCAAGUUUUAUAAAAAUGGAGAAUUUUGUUUUACUUUUCUUUUUUUUUAAGCUAUGUUGUUAGCAAACAGAACACUUCAUUGUUAUUUUUUGGGGGAAGGACAUAUAGUACUAAUAGAAUGUCUCCAAAGCUGGACUGAAUUGGGUGGGG